ACCAAUCCCGAGCCAGUUGGUGAAGCCGACUCCAUACCUGCACCCAGGUGCGCUCGCUCUGCGUCUCUCGGUCGCUCUGCUCACCGGAUGGAGCGGGCCCAAGCAGGGUCCGGAGGAGACCAACCUGGAGCCGAGGUCCCAAUGGAGCCCUUGGAGAGCCAGGUCGCGGCGCCGGAGCAGCCGCAGGUCCCCGCAGAGGAGCGACAUCUCGAGAGUCCCGAGAGCAGCCCGAGUCUGGCCUGCGCCGCAAAGGAGGCGGCGGGCGCGGGCCAGGACCUCUCCGGCGGGAAGAAGCUGCCCGCGCCUCGCCCGGCGCUCCUGCGGCUCCCGCCCCCCAGCCUGGGCUACGGCGCUUUCCGCCGCCAGGUGUCCGCGGGCUCCGAGCCGCCGUCGCCCGGCCCCGCCUCAGCCGAGCAGCCCCGGGCCGGCGAGGCGCCAGGGGCCGAGCUGGUGCCGGGGGAGCCGCCGCAGGGCGCCUGGGCCCCGGUGGAGCUGCAGGUGGACGUGCGCGUGAAGUCCGUGGGCGUAGCGGGCGGCAGCCGCGCGCCCUCGCCGGCGCCGUCCCCGCGCUUCCUCACCGUGCCGGUGCCCGAGUCCCCGGCCUUCUCCCGCCACGCGUUCCCCGCGCACCCGCUGCUGCCGCGGACCCCCGCCCGGCCCGAGCGCGGCCUCGACGUCGAGGGCCGGGCGAGCCCCGCCGACGGGCGCUCGGAGAGCCCGGGCUCCCCCACGUGCCGCGGCCGCUGCCGGGAGCUGGGGCUGGAGAAGGAGGAGGCCGGCGCGCUGCUGCACCGCGCCGAGACCGGAGGCGACGAGAAGCUGCCCCCGGCCAUACAGCUCGUAGGGCUGCCUAUGUACAUGAAGUCCCUGCGCUGGGCGCUGGCGGUCAUGGCCGUGUUCCUGGCCAUGUCCGCAGUCGCCAUCGUGGCUCUGGCAUCUAGAACAGGGACCAGGUGCCGGCCAUGUCCCCGGGGCUGGAUGUGGUUGGAGGAGAACUGCUACUACCUCUCUGCCGAAGCUCAGGCUUGGGAGGCCAGCCAGGCCUUCUGCUCAGCUCACCAGGCUACCCUCCCGCUGCUGAGCCACACCCAGGACUUCCUGAGCAGAUACCCAGUCCCCAAGUACUCCUGGGUAGGAGCCCGGCGAGGCCCCCAGGGCUGGCAGUGGAUCGACGGGGCCCCACUGUCGCCCCAGCUACUCCCGGAGGAAGAGGAGGACCAGCCAGAUCUCAAGUGCGGGGGCCUGGAGGGAGGCAAGCUGGUGGCUUUGGACUGUGCCUCUCCAAGACCGUGGGUCUGCGCCAAGGGGACCAAGUGACUUGGCUUCCACCCAUCCUGAGACUUGGGGGCCUGCAGCCACCGCAGGGGAAGCCAGGUUGCCGGCUGGGGUAGCCUCUUCCCUGGACCCAGACUUCCAGGUCUCCCUGCUCUGUGCUCAACAGGGGCCCUUUCUGAGCCAUAAGGGACUGGACUUCCGGCUCAGGCGGGUCACGUCCAAGGGAAAGGAGGCUUUCUGUGAGUGUCCAGCUUCUGGAGCAGAUUUGUUCGAUUACCUCGGGAUGCUGUGUGGUUUUGUUUUUGUUUUUGUUUUUUCGCUUUUUUGAGCCUAGGUUUCUCCCUCGUUAAAAUGCCCAUUUCCCAUCCUCUCCCUCACCUGCUAAAUUCCAUCUGCACACCCCCCGCCCCCAAGUCUUGGAGGACCGGGAGGCCUUAGCGAUCCCAGGUGCUGCCGGGCAGUUCUCCCCUGAGCGCAGGGACCGAGGCUGGAAUGUGGCAGCUGGGUGCACGGCUGACACCGCUGACCAACAGUGCUGGAAGAUGGCAAGUGAGAAGUGGUUGUCCCCGGAGGAAAGAGGAGGGUGUCCUUCCCGGCCCCGAGCUGGCAGAGGGUAAGGUUCACAGUGUGUGGCACUGGCGGGGCCUCUGAGCAGCUGAUGCCCAAGGCUGGGAAGAUGCAGAGCACGCCCCCCGGCGCCCACCCCCACCCCUGGCCCCGGGCAGGAAAACCCGGGAGCUGCAAAGCACAGGGUCCAGAGGAAGGAAAUCAGAAUUGUGGGGAGGUCGAGGCAGCUCUUCCCCUGACAGGUGUGGGGACACCAGCCCAAAGAUAUCUGUGUUGGGGUUCAGUGAGGGGCCUUCAGGCCAGAAGGAGUGGCCGGGGGGGCCGGAGGACUGGUUUAGUCUGUGCAGGCUGUCCAGAUCUCUCUCCCAGUGACCGGGGACGGUACCUGCAUGUUCCCUUGGUGCCAAGCACUCGACGUGACUCUCCUGGGCCCACUGACCUCCCUUGUCAGGGGCAGGCCAUGCGUUCAGCUUCCUCUUGAACAGAAACCUUUAUUGAUCCGUUCACACCAGUCUCUGGUACAGAACGCACGGACUGGCUGGCGGAGAGGGGUGGGGUCCUACACUGGACAAGCAAUAAAAAUCUUAGAAACGCUCUGGUGUUCCUCCUGGCUUUCUCACUCCCGCUACCAUUUAACCCCAGAGCUUGGUAACAUGUUCCACUCACACCUCACAGUCCCGCUCAGCAAGGUCCUGAGCCUGGCUCGUUAGGUGUGUCCGACACUGGCAGCCGUCUGGCUGCUCCUAGCUCAAGGCCAGGAACCACAGGUGGGGGACACCUGGGGUACAGAUGGCCAGGGUGUGGUGGGUGGUGCCAAAGCCUGGAAGUCCUAAAGUUUUUAGGCUCCACCUGGUGAGGAAUUGGAACAAGAGCGAUCUUUUGACCUAGGUCCUAAGAAGCUACUAGUUCCUGUCCAAAGUAGGCAGACCAAGAAACAGCAGUGUAACCAUAUUAUUUAGAAAUAUGGAGAGGCACCUCCAGUAGGUAAAUGACUGACUCUUGGUUUUGGCUCAAGUCAGGAUCUCAGGGUCAGGAGAUUGUGUUCCACCUCGGGCCCCGCACUCAUUGUGGAGGUUCUCUCCCUCUUCCUCUGCCUCUCCCCACCCAAUAAAUAAAAACCUUUUUUUAAAAUAUUUUAUUUAUUUAUUUGUCAGAGAGAGAGAGCGAGAGCAAGUGCACAAGCAGGCAGAGUGGCAGGCAGAGGCAGAGGGAGAAGCAGGCUCCCCGCCGAGCAAGGAGCCAGAUAAGGGGCUCCAUCCCAGGAUGUCGGGAUCAUGACUCGAGCCAAAGGCAACCGCUCAACCAACUGAGCCACCCAGGUGACUCAAUAAAUAAAAAUCUUAAAAGAAAGAAAAAAGAAAAGAAAAGAAAAAGAAAUACGGAAACAGUACUAGAAGAAAUGGCAAAAAUAAUUUAAAGUGAUUGCCUUAAAACUAACUGAUAGUGCCUGGAGUCAGAAUAGGAGUUAUGUGGGGAAAUAUAAACUGAGAAGGGUCCCCAGGGAACAUUCUCGGGUGCUGGAAGUGGUCUGGAUCUGGACAGGGUCAGGUGGACACAGACAUAAAUGUUCAUCAAGCUGUAUACUUAAGAUUAAGAAACUCCAGUGUUUACAAGGAGCAAGAAUAAGAUUAUAGAGGGACCAAUCUUUGUGGUUUAAAUAUGUGUACUUUAGUAUUACUAAAGCUGUUUUCAUUGGUUGGUUUUCUUGUUUGUUUUAAGAGCCCGUAUUUAUAUACUACUAUGAUGAAAAGAAGAUUUAGACUUUUUUAAAAAGUCCACAAGAUCUUGAUGCACAGCCCAGCUUGAGAAUUGCUGGCUCCAGAAGUGAGUCCUGGGGCCACCAUUCUUUGCAGCCUGCCAUUACCUCAUUUGCUGAGGGGCCUUCUCACAGGUUCCAGCCAGGCGUUCAGAGUGCAUCUUUCUCUUUGUACAAAACUGAAGCUGGGGAAAUGACACAGCAGUCUGGACGGCAUGGAAUUCCUCCUGAGGAGUUUCUCUAGUCUCUCUUCCCACCAGGUGCCACCAGCUGCUAGUGUGUCAAAUCCACACAUCAUCGUGUCACUGGCGGCACUGGCUGGGGUCCAUUCAGAUGGUCAUCCAGUGGUGGAAGAGCCACCAGUGUCAGGUGUAUUUGACUCCUCAUCCGCCCCAUCAAGAGAUUCUGCUUCAGUGGAUCAGAUUUUUACCAUUUACCAUUUUUAAUGCUGAUGCAUAUAGUCCAGACGCUACAUUUUGAGAAACCCUGUCUAAAAGAGCCCAUGGUGGGGCAGGGAGGUGGGGGGGUGGAUCUGUAAACCUAUUUUAAAUCAACUUAUUGGGGCGCCUGGGUGGCUCAGUGGGUUAAGCCUCUGCCUUCGACUCAGGUCAUGAUCUCAAGGUUCUGGGAUCAAGCCCCACAUCGGGCUCUCGGCUCAGCAGGAAGCCUGCUUCCCCCUCUCUCUGCCUGCCUCUCUGCCUCCUUGUGAUCUCUGUCAAAUAAAUUAAAUCUUAAAAAAAAAAGAAAAACUUAUUGAGGGGCACCAGGAUGACUCAGUGGGUUAAAGCCUCUGCCUUUGGCUGAGGUCAUGAUCUUGCGGUCCUGGGAUCGAGCCCCACGUUGGGCUCUCUGCUCAGCAGGGAGUCUGCUUCCUCCUCUCUCUCUCUCUGCCUGCCUCUCUGCCUACUUGUGAUCUCUGUUUCUCAAAUAA